AUAACACAAUCCUCUCUUUCUUUCUCUCAAAAUUGCUUUGUGAAGACAAAGGGAUCCCAAUGCGUCUCUCCUCACCAACCACCAUUUCUUAAGCUUAAAGCUUCAUAUCCAAAUAAUCAUCAUUGACACUCCCAUGUCAGAGUAGUACUCAAUUACUGGAGAGAAAGAAAGGGAGAUAAAGAGAUAAAUAAGAGAUGGAUGUGAGUAGGAGAAGAGGUGGGGAUAGGAGUAGUGUAGUUGCUGCAGGGUCUGUGUGGGAAAGCAGAAUGAAGCUUGAUGAAGUGAAAGGAGGAAUCAAGGUCUUCAAUGGCGGUGGCGAAGAUAGUAAUCAAGAAGAGGGUGUUUCGGAUAGUCCGGCCUCGAAAAGGGUAGUGAAGAGAGGGCAAACCCAGAAUUCUGUUGGUGGGGUUGCUGUCAGUGGGAAGAGAAAGACAUGGAAAUCUGAGGGGAACCCAAUUCAGAUUGCUAAAUCAAGAUCCGAUUCUGACAAAAAUUUUGAGGAACAGUGCAACGAAAUUAGUGUUUCUGUGAAUGGAGUCAAAAGGAGUCCAAUUCAGACAAGGAAGGGGAAAUUUGAAGGCAGUAGUAGAGAGCUUAGUUUGUCUACUGAUGGAAUUGAGAGAAGCCCAAUUCAGGUUAAGAAGGGAAGAUCUGAGGGAAUCAAGGAGGUUGGUGUUGUUGCAUCUGUUGAUGGAAAUGAGAGAAGUCCAAUUCAGAUAAGGAAACCAAGAUCUGGGUCUAGUGAAUUUUGUAAGGAUGUUGAAUCAAGUUUGAGAGUAGUUGAAAGAAAUUCAGAUCAAUUAAGGAAGGCGAAAUCAGAGACAAAUAAGGUAAUGAAUCAGUCUGGCAAGAAUCUUGGUGACAGUGAAGGUGAAAUUGGAUGGAAUUCAGUUCAGACUAGGAGGGCAGAGUCAGAGCCUAUUGAGAUUGUGAAACAAUCUGGAAAGAGGAGUAGCAAUGGCGAGCCUGUGGAUGGAAUUGACAAAAACCCAGAUGAAAUUGAGAAGAAUGGAUCGGAUGAUUCUUGUAAGGAGUUUGAUGAAUGCCAAGAAAAGGCCAUUUUGAGUAAUGUAAGCACUGUGGGUAUGGAGAAACAUGAUGAUGAUGCUGAUGAUGAUGAUGAACAUGUUGGUGAAGAAUUUGAAGAGGAGGAUGAGGAAGUUGAAACUGAGAUUGAGAAGAAUAUUGAUGUGAAGGUAAUCAAUGUACCAGAAAAGAAACCUGAUAAGGUUGUGAAUGAAGAGACGACACCCAAUAAGGUCGUCAAAGAAGUACCUACACCUCCCAUUGUGACUAAACAGCCUCCCACAGUUAGAAGGAGAGCUACUAUCUAUCAAAAUCUUCAAAAUCCUUCAAAACCUGCUUCUGUUCCAGUUUCAGAUGGAUACCAAAGUCACCCACAAACCCAGAGCAAAUUGCAGAGUUUAGUGGAUUUGGUGAUGUGGAGAGAUAUCUCAAGAUCAGCAUUUAUCUUUGGAAUUGGAACAUUUAUUAUAGUCUCCUCAUCAUACACCAAGGAUCUAAACAUCAGCUUUAUUUCUGUGGUUUCCUAUCUGGGUCUUGUUUAUCUUGCUGCCAUCUUCCUCUACAGAUCCAUUAUCCGCAGAGGAAUCAUAGACAUAGAUGAUGCAAGUUAUGUUCUAGGAGAAGAAGAAGCUGUUUGGCUGCUGAGAUUGAUUUUACCUUAUAUAAAUGAAUUCCUGUUGAAACUAAAAGCACUUUUUUCUGGAGAGCCUGCUACUACAAUGAAGUUGGCAGUGCUUCUGUUUGUACUGGGCAGGUGUGGCAAUUCCAUAACCAUCUGGAAGAUGGCAAAAUUGGGUUUCUUUGGAGUUUUCACUGUACCAAAAGUCUGCUCUUCGUACUCUACACAGUUAACUUUAUAUGCUAAAUUCUGGGUGCGAAGAUUUGGUGAUGCUUGGGAGUCAUGUGCACACAAGAAAGCAGUGGCGUUCGCUUUCUUUACCCUUGUGUGGAAUUUAUCUUCAAUCGUUGCUCGUAUUUGGGCAGUGUUCAUGCUGUUUGUGGCCGUCCGAUACUAUCAGCAUUCGUUGGUGAGGGAUGAAUGGGCAGAGGACGAGGCAGCAGGUGAGGAAGCAUGGGAUGGACAGAUUGGAGGACAAGGACAAAGGCGUGGACCCACAUUAGUCGACGUAAUUAAGGCAAAGAAAGGAACCUAAGCACAUUCCUCCCGCUUAGGCAACUCUUAUUUGUAUUAUUUCCUUUUUUUUUGUUAUUGUAAAUACGUGCAUGUGACAUUGUUCAGCUAGCAUAGUCCAGUGUGGAAGCAGACUACAUGUAUGAAUAAUGUAUAAUUAUCUUUGCUUUGAAAACUUUCCUCUUUUUUUGUCUA